ACUUGCGGACUCAGUAGCUCACGAGAGGCCGUACGGUUGAGUUUUCUCGAUUGACGGCGCGCCCGUUCGCACGUAGUCGCUCUCGACAUAACUGUAAAUCCGCUGAGCGAGGAUAUAGUGACAGACCGCGUAUGGACCUCAGCGCCGGAGCACGCGGCGGGGACCGGUCGGGGAUUCAGUGUGUUUCGAUCACGAGCGACACUCCAAUUGCGUACCUGAGGACCGGAAUCGGCUGGACCGCCGUUUAAUUUAUUUUAUUUUAUUUUUUUCCCCUCCCGAGAGGUGUCGGUGAACCUCUCGGCACGAGAGAUCAGUGAACCCAUCGAAUUGUUCUCUGUGAGGGGGAGUCUUUGCCCGCGCGAGGGCAAUAAUUUCGGUAAUCCGUCCGACGUUGGUGUCCGCGCUGACCCUUUUGCGGACGACAAAUCGCUCGUCGGCUCCGUGAGACAAAGACACAGGGUAAUGGUGAAUCAUCACCACCGUGACCGAGACCGCGGAGACAGGUGGAUUUGAUAAAAAGUUCGUCGUGACUGUUGGUUUGUUCGCCAAGUACUCUCGAGUAUGACACUGUUGCGUGCGAGACGGUACUGAUACACGGUGCUUCGCCUCGCUCCAGACGUGUUCUUGCAGCUUGUUGUGACCGCGAUCGCGAUCUUGACUUGCACCGCGGGUCAGGGCAGACGACUCGCUUACCACUUCGAUGUAGUGGCGGUGACAAAGUGACAACGCUCCCGCGCGCUAGUGCAUCGCUCCCGUCGACACCAGGUCACGAUGCCAAAGAUCUUUCUGAUCAAGAACCGGCUGCAUCAGCAGCAGUUGCGGCUGCUCGAGUCGCAACACCCCAGCAAGAGCCCGCCGCCCGGCAGCGGCAAGGACAGCCCGCUUGGCAGCUCGGAGCCUUUGAGUCUCAUCGUCAACAAGGAUCAAUAUCGUGACAAGACCGAUGACGAUCGAGCGACGACACCAGAAUCCUUUCGCAGCAGUAGUCCAGUUCCGUCGCCGUCACCGCCGGUUAGCAAUGCGACUAGCCCACCUCCGAGACGCUUCAUCUCCAGCAUCCUCGGCGGCGACGUGCCGUACGGUAGUAGGCGUCACGUGCUAACUCGGGCGGAGCGAAAGGAGUACAGUAGCCCGCCAAUAGCCUCGGACGAUCCGCCACAGUUCCUGUCCAAGUCGGAGAAGAUCGCAUUGCCGAGGCCGAAAACUCCACCGAAAGCACCCCGUGUCGAACCGCCAACAAGGGUUUCCGUUAUCCAGAGGGUGCCACCCCAAAGUACCUCUAGGAAGGAAGAGAAUAAGCUCGAGAUUGACAGAGUCGAUCCUAUACAGGCACCCGAACCGGAACAGGAGCAACCCAUAGACUAUGCCGUACCGAAACGGAAGGAGGAAGACGAAGAGAAGUGUCGCGAUGGCGCGAUGGCGGCGCGCAGCCCCAGCAACGCGAUCGCGAGGUCACUGCUGGCCGUCAAACUGUCCGGGUCCCAGGUGGUGCAGGCGGCCGCGGGACACGGCAGAUCCUCGAAUUCGGGCGGUUCCUCCGGCGGCGGCGGUGGCAGCGGUGCCGGCAAUUCCUCACCCUCGAACAGCGGCGGGGGCGGCGGUGGCGGUGCUAUGAUCGGCGGCGGAUGCGGUAACGGGGCGAUGCUCGGCGGCGGUGGUAGCGGCGGCGGCGGUGCCCUGGGUGGUGCGGGCGCUGGUGGCAUGCCUCCCGGUGGGAACGGGGGUCGCGGCAACUACGGGCCGAGUUCGCCGCCGACGGGGUCCCUGCCGCCGUUCUACGAGUCCCUGAAGGGCGGCAACAAUCUCGCGAACUUCGCCAAUCAGUACAACAGCUCUCAAGGAAACGCGUAUCUCACGCCACUGACCGCCGUGGGGAUUGAAUGCGAUACCGGACAACAGGACAAUUCCCAGCACGCGCAGUACAAUGCGCAAGAGGGCAAACAGUACUCUCUCCUUCAGAAUGUCUGCGCGAACGUUUGCGCGUCCUACGGACUGACGUUUAAGGAAGAGGAAGAGGAACUGGCGGGUUACAAGAUACAGCCGAAUGACCUGCUGUCCGCCCAAUACGGUGCCUACGAUGUCACUGAUACAGGCAUGAUGGUGGACAUGGUAACCGGUACCAUGGUGGUGGACCCGCUGCAGUUCACUGCGGCGACCUUGACCUUUAACUCGCCGUCCGAUCACACGGCGCUCCUCGAGACUCUCAACGACGCGGCGGAUCUCCUGUUGCCCAGGCUGCAGACCGAGGACGGUAGCAGCGAUCUUCUGGAAGAAUCGCUGCACUCGCCCGCCUCCACAGGCAGUAGCGGGAUCGGUCAGGACGCCGGUCAGAUGACCACUCCCGUCGAGCCUAGCGUCGAUCCUUUCCCCGAGCACAGCAUGGCCUUGACCAGAGGCUUUGACACGAGACACUACACGACUCCGCAACACUUCAACGCGUCCAAGCUCGCGGGAUUGAACUACACGGCCGGCGAGACGAGCUAUCAAUCGCUUCAAAAGGAACGCCCGGAGCUUGCGUUGCAUGUCAGUCAGAAUCAUCAGCAUCAGCAGGAACAACAGUUGCAGAUUCAGGUGCAGUUGCAGCAGCAUCAGCAAAAGCAACAGGCUACGUCGCCGCAUCAGCAACAGCAGCAACAGCAACAGCAUCAAAGUCUUUUGAGUCCCGGAUUGAAUUUUAAUAAUGGUUUAGAGAUAGACUCCGGUAGCAGCGUAGGCGGAAGUUUGCCCAGCCCCGGCACCGCGAGUUGCUCUCUGGAUGGCGCCUCGAGCGGCACCUCGCCGUCAUGCGGACUGGGAGAACACGCGCAUAGCCCGGUUGUGUCACCCACCACGGUCGCCGCACAAGCCACUGGAUCGGUAGGCGAACCGCCGCUCUCGCAACGGGUCGGUGUACUUCAACAAAGGCUGGGUUUACCGAGCGACUGUCAGCUAGAAUUUGUUAACGGGGGUCACGGGAUAAAGAAUCCUCUGGCCAUCGAGGGACAAAGACAGGCGACAACCACUCGAGAUGAAGAAAGAACUAAUCGCACUCCGCCUGGCAAGGACGACGAUCCCAAUCGCUUCACCUGCCGCGUGUGCAGCAAAAACUUCAGCCUUCAACGGCUUCUCAAUCGUCACAUGAAGUGUCACAGUGACGUGAAGCGUUACUUGUGUACAUUCUGUGGGAAGGGCUUCAAUGAUACGUUCGACCUCAAGAGGCAUACGCGGACGCACACAGGUGUGCGACCCUACAAGUGCUUCCUCUGCGAGAAGAGUUUCACGCAACGGUGCUCGUUGGAGAGUCACGGCCAGAAGGUCCACGGCGUUCAGCAUCAGUACGCUUAUAAGGAGCGACGCGCUAAGAUGUACGUCUGCGAGGAGUGUGGACAUACGACGCACGAGCCAGAGGUGCACUACAUUCACCUGAAGGAUCAGCACCCUUAUAGCCCGGCGCUACUGAAGUUCUACGACAAGCGGCACUUCAAGUUCACCAAUAGUAACUUCGCCAAUAUGUUGCUCCAGGGUGGCCUGUUACACCGGGACUCGCGGAAUAUGGACAACUGCGGCCUCGCGGAGCGACGAGAGACGGCCUCGAAAAGCAGCGACUCCGUGCAACAACAGACCACGACCAGCUUCUAAAGGACGAGAGUCCAGGGGCGCGAGAGAGAGAGAGGGAGAUAAAAAGAGAGAGAGGAGAAAAUGCCGAUUGAUCAGGCGUUCGUUCUUCAAUCGGGUUAAAGGAAGUGACGUUUCGCGCGUAAAGUACCUGCAGGUGGCUCCCAUUGCGGUGACACUGGAACAAACAUCGAAGUCCGGCGACAGGUUCCGAUUGAGGGAUCGCAUGGGAUCUGUGAUCAAUUGAUUCCUGCCGCCCUUAAAUUCACGGGUAGAGGAAGCGGAGGACGAGAAGAAGAAGAGGCGAAAGAAGAGUAAGAGAAGAUCUACGCAGCUACGACAAUCGCAAAGUCGUUACACGGUAUUUCUCUUAUAGCUUCUCGAUAUAAGGAAGUGAAGUAUGAUUAAGUUUGCGCGUUAUUGUUCCUUUCUUCCCGGUGUCGGUAAGGAAGAAGAAAGACAGAUGUUUGAAAAGAAACACUGUUAUCUCAUUAAUUAAGAUGCUGCUUUAUGAAACUUUAAUGAUAAUGCGCUUCUGACGAUAGCAGUGCGUUAGACACUUAAACUCCAACGAUCGUUCUGCCAGGCGGAAAAUAUCCGACUUGCAUGUUACAGCGCUAUAAAAUUUCGCUUCUACCCACUUCUAUCGGGGACAAUUUCUUUCUUAAAUGUUCUUAGAGCAUUUCUUCUUAUAAUUAUAAUUUUAACUAUAUAACAGAUUAAUUUAAAGAAAUCCUAGAACUGAUUCCAGGAAGGGAUACAUGGGAUACACAGACGCACAUAUGUGCCGCAUGUACACACACACACACACACACACACACACACACACACACAAACGUACACAAUCGCGUAUGUAGAUUUUAGAUGAUAAAUAUUAAUAUCGUGGUCCGUGGGGCGCGCGCGACAUCGAGUAGACCCAAAGACUCGGAUAGAACGUUUCAGGAAUGUCGAUCGUCCUCGGCAAGCGUGCCGAGGCGGGAGAAGAGUGCGAUCACACGGAAGACUUUUUUUUUCUCAGAGAUGUACGGCGAGUUACGUUGCUUUUCGACUCAAUGGGCAAAAUGGGGUUCUUGACGUCGCGAUCGCCAGGGGGUUCCUUCGAUCGCGGCCUUCGCCCCCAUUGUCUCUGUUCGAUCGGGGCACCGGAAUCGAAGGCAUCCCGCGUUGCUCGAACGCCGGGGCGAGAUCACGUCGACGGAGCGACUCUGCGCCGUACCAUCGUAGAAAUAGAGCUCGGCGCUACUGGCAUCAGCUAGCGAAAGAAUCGCAUUGAAGGAUAAUAAAAAACGAAUGCUCCCCCGUACGUUAAUUCAAACAAUGAUUUCACUACUUAAACGAGAUGUUCGAUCCCAGGAAACAUCAAGUUAUAUAACUGUUAGUUAUAAUUUCACAUUCGACAGUGUAACUGUUAUAUAACAGUUAUAUUGUGGAAUGGGAAAUUAUAACAAUUUUAUAACUGUAACUUGGUAUUUGCUAGGAUGUUAAAAUCAAUUUUCGGCCUCGAAGAAAUUGUUCCAAAUUGAUAUUUGUUACAGCGAACGCGGUACGCGUACACAGUAUAUAUCAUUCCCGAUAAAAACUUUGGUUUUUGUUAUCCUCAUUCUUUAUUGUAUUUCUAAACGCCGGUAGUGCUUAUAUACAUAUAUAUACAUACAUACAAUACAUGUGUAGUAAGUUCCCAACCGAAGUGCACUUUGGGUAAUCUGUGAUAUGAUAAGAGUAACAAGACAAUCCACUCGCUCCUUCACGCACCGGAUUUUCGCUUUCCCGCUCUCUUGUGCGCUUAUGGUUUUCUUCUUUUUUUUUCUCAACUUCUUUCAGGGUCAGGUGGGAGGGUAAGUAAGGGUGGGAGAAGGGCACGCACCGUCGUACACACAUGCAUGGAUACGCGUGUACAGAUACACACAUACACAUCCACACAUACACACACAUACAAACAAAACGGGAAUUCGUGCAAUUUUGAGGUGGCAGUAUACAUGAAUCGGGCGAUCGGUAUAUUCCGCUCGAUUUCUUCCGUCCGUCGUGGACUUGCCCGCAGAGGAAAUAGCUCGCGAGUCCCCGAGACUUUAAGGCCGUCAAAGGGCGGUUGUGAUCGAAGCGAGCUAAUCUUUCGGGACCAGAAGAUUAAUCCUUUGAAACGCGACGAGGAGUCGCGAUAACUCUCCCUCUUUUCUUUUACUUUUAUAUAUAUAUAUAUGCAACAUUUUCUGUUCUUCCUGCUCGUUUCCAUCUCUGCAUCACAUUCGUUGGUAUAGGCAAUUAAGGAAUUAUAUCAUUUAAUGAUAAACGCUAUCUACGUCUUCAUUACUUUAGAGUCUUCUCUUUUGUAUUUAUUUGUACUAUACGUCAUAUAUAUUUUAUUUUAAAAUAAAUGGUGUAUAUAUGUAUAUACGCUUGUUUACGAUGUCCUCGUGACAUGCACGGGGCACGAUAUGCGCCUAUCAAAGGGCUGAAAAGGGUCGCGUCGCGAUAUAAACGAUGAUUUCGAAAACAGUUCUUCGAUAUAUAUUUCCGAGUGAGCGCAAGAAAGCAUAAAAUGCUUCGUAAAUGUCUCCUACGUAGCAUUUGUACAUGGAAAAUAAAUUUUUAGAAAAUUGAAAAUGAUGACGUAUAGAGGAAGGUUGUCGAUACUGACUUACUUAUCAUUUGACUUUUUAAUUAUAUUUUUUAAACAAAAACUAAAAAUAAAACUUGGGCAACAUAAAUACAAAUAGGAAGUAACUUCUGUCAAAAAAUCGUGCAGAUUUUAUCUUUCUUUUUAAAGAUUUUAUCCUCAUUUUAUAUUAAUAAAAUGCAAUGUAAUUUUUUGAGAAAUAAGAAGAUUUUAGAAGUUCUAUGCCAAUAUUGGUGAUCUUCCUCUAUAAUUUAUGUAGUUUGGCAGAAACAUGCUUUUUAAAUCUAAAUCAGUGAAAUUUUGCAGUAUUUUUAUAACUGUGAUCAUCAGUGAUUAUUUAUUUUUCAAUGAUUUCGAUUAAGAAGAAUUACUUUCACCGACUGAAUCAGUGCAUUAUCACUGAAAGACAAUGCACAGAUUUGAUACAACACCAAAAUCAGGCUAUUCGCUGUCUUUCAACGAAUAAUACACUGACUCCAAUUUAGAGAGUAAAUUGCAAAUACCUGGAGUCCACUGGAAGCUAAUGAAAGAGAUAAACAAAGGAAUCCGUUCUCCUUCUUCCUCUUCUGUUUUCUUUUUCAUUAAUAUUUCAGUUCGAAACGAAAGACGCGUGAGAAGUUCUGCUAAUAAAAUAUCCAGUAACUUAAUCGUGGCAACUUCAAUAAGAAGCGAUCACUUCAGCUGGAUUACGAGGUGUUAUUUUACUGCAUUUCUUGCGCUACUGAUAGCGCCCUAAGCGAAAUGAAUAAAAAAAUGUUCUCGUGAUAACAAGUUACGAAUUUCUAACAUAGUUAAAAAAAAUGUAUGUGCAGGAAAAUUUACUCAACUAAAAUUAGACAUACUCUUGGCUCGUCGAACGAAACGCGCCCGCCACGGUUAACACACUGAGAGGCAUUUGAUAUUCUCAAUUGAAUGUAAAUACGCCCCGUAUAGGACUCUAGGCAGACAACUUAUAUAUAUAUAUAUAUAUUUAAUUCCCACAUAUAUUCAUAUAUGCGUACUUAAGUCCGCGAUCGCCUCCCAUGCGUGGGCGCUGACGCCCCGCGCCGUGAGAGGCGCUCACAUCCCUUUUGUAAAUAGUCUUCAUUCCGGCGGCGGAAACGGGUACCGGUUAGUCCACGAUUGUCAGGCUCUUGCUUACGACAGUAAUAUACGUGCAACGUAUUUGUACAGCGUACGCGCGAGAACUGGGAAGAAGGAGGGGAAGACCAGCAUAGUUUUCCUUGUACUUACACCUUGGAGUAAAAUACUCGAGGACAACAGUACUUGUCGCGCACUGUCGAUUACAAGUUAAUACAUGCGUAUCAUCAUCUAUUAUUUUAUUAUUAUUAUUAUUAACAUUAUUAUUUUGAAACGAUAACGCUAUCUAUGUUUCCAUUACUAUUUAAUUUACGCUCAGUAUUGUCGCAAAUAAUAGCACUUAUGACUAUACAUCUUCAGCAAAUUUAUCGAUUUGACUCUAUCAACUCAAUUAUUAUCACCCCCUUUGCUCUGUUGUUACUUCGAUAUUUGUAAACGCUAUAGCGAAUAUUCUCUGUGGCGUUCAACUUUCAUUCUCUAGUACUUAAUAAUCUGUCAUUAUUAUUUUUAUUAAUAUUAUUAUUAUUUUUAUUAUAUCAUUAUAUUAUCAUUACAUGCGCUGAUAAAUUUAAUUAUUGAUUUUAAAAUUAAUAUUAUAGAUAGUCUUACACACAUGCAGGAUAUAUCAGCCCGAUGCAGAGCGUUUCUUAAUUAUAUGUGGAUACUUCAACCUAGAAUCGCUAAAAUAAGAAGAAUAAUAUAUGAGCGUAGAUCGUUUAGUCUUUAUCUUCGAAGUUGUAAUAAGUUAGAGGAAAUAAGAUUAUAUUAUUAGAUAUUCUAAAGUGUCAUUCGAAAUAACGUAAUAUAAUUGUAACAUUGUACGUACAUAUCUUAUUUCGAGUUGCAUUUUGAAAUAUAUCUGUAUUUACUGAUUGAAGUAUUGAUGUAUAAUUAAGAACCAGUCUGUAUAAUAUUUAUAUCAGAUUGUCCGAUUGCAGAAGCGAUCUUUGCAGAAAGACGAAAAUUACGACUGGGGGAGAAGCAAUGGCAUAGUGUGCAAUUUGCCCAAUCCAUAAGGAUGAAAGUAUUUCGUCUAAGAAUUACUGAUGUUUUUGGGCAUUUAUAAGAAUUUCUUUUUUUCUUUAAGAUUCUUCACAUAUAAAUAUAUAUGUGAAGAAUACACAUGGUGCUUUCUUCACAUAUAUCUCUUCUCCUUACAGAAAUUCAAUACUGGCAGUCUUAAAUUGGCCAGAGAUUAAUUAUAACUUAUUUGGAGUAUUAAAAACACUAACAGUCAAAAUAAGUUGGGGAAGGACGUUCUUAUUGGCAUCUAUUGCUGCAAUAGAUACUUGUUAACAUUAAAUUGAUCAUCAACAUGCUUCAAUUGCAUUUUUUGAUUGGUCACAAUUAGUAAAAUUAUUUCUUCUGGUUAAUCAAUGCUUGAAGCAUUUGUAGCAAGGGGAGCAUCACUAUUAUCGUUCAACUUAGAACUGUGUUAAAAAUUAAUCACUAGUGAAUUUAAUAGUGUCAGUGUUAAAUUUUCGUAAGGAAAAUAAAACAAAAACCGAAAAUCAGAAUAAUUUAAACGAAUGAAAUAAUCUUAAACGGCAUAGAAUGUACAAAGUAUUUCUACGUGGCAGGAUAAAAUAUUUUUUCCUUCCGGAUUGAGCAAACUUUACACAGGUAGGGCGAGCUAUUAACAUGCUAUUGCAAACCGAAUGUGUGAUGGUAUGCGUGGAUAUUAUUGUUCAUAUGGGUGUAUGCGUGCGGAUGUUUACGGCAGCGUAGCACACAGCUUUUAGCUAUACUUUCGGCAUUUGUUAGAAAAAAUAUAAAUAAACGUUGAAACUUUAAAGAGAAUGUAGAAAGAGCAGCUAAAAUGGAAACCGUUCCAUGCGCUGUGCCGUGUCGUGUUGGCGAAUUUGUAAAUUCUAUUAGAGCGCGACUGCGUUAUCCGGACAUUGGUGUCUACUUUAUUAGAGAUCGUUAUUAAUUGUAGCUAACGGUAAAACGUGGUUACGCGCUCUUAUAUGUUUGCGAGAGAUAAUAAAAAUUAAUAUUAUGUAUGCACACAUAAA